UGCAUGGUAUACAAUGGGUCAGAGUUUGAGUUUGCGUCUUGAGUCACUUUUUCUUUGAUGGUGAUGGAAGUGUGUGUCAGUCUUUCCCUCCUCUCUUCUCUCCUCCUCCUCUUUCUUGCCCUUUUCGCUAGCGCUAGCGUGUAUCAGGCGGCGACUUCUUUCAAGAUCAGGAAAAAAUUUGAGGCUCCUCGUUCCUUUCCUCUUCCUCAAAACUUCACGCGUUCACCUCUUGAGAGCCAUUCUACCUAGGAAGCUGACCAUAUUCGGUCACAACAGUUGCGCCUCGCCAUCUUGUUUCCGUUGA